AUGUCUGAAACACAAGCUACACGACAGUUUUGUGAUAAAGAAAAAUCGAAUUCAGUAAGAUCAUCAAAUAUAACAGCAGCUAAAGCUGUAGCGGAUACUAUCCGUACAUCAUUGGGUCCAAAAGGCAUGGAUAAGAUGAUACAAACAGGUAAAGGCGAAGUAAUACUCAGUAAUGAUGGUGCAACUAUUUUAAAACACUUAUCAGUCACACACCCUGCAGCAAAAAUGUUGGUAGAUGUUUCCUCUUCACAAGACAUUGAAGCAGGAGAUGGAACAACUACAGUUGUUGUUAUUACUGGUAGUCUUUUAGCUGCAGCUGAAAAAUUACUUGAAAAAGGAAUUCAUCCUACAAUUAUCGCAGAAUCAUUUCAAAAAGCAGCAGCACAUGCUAUUGAAGCACUUGAAGCAUGCUCAAAAAAAAUCGAUCUUUGUGAUAGAAACACACUUAUUCGUGUUGCAAGCACAUCUUUAAAUUCAAAGAUUGUUUCUCAAUAUUCAGCAUUGUUGGCACCUAUUGCUGUAGAUGCUGUUUUAAGAAUAAUUAAUCCUUCUUCUCCAAACAAUGUUGACCUUCAUGAUAUUCGGAUUGUUAAAAAAGUUGGGGGUACAAUUGAUGACACUGAACUUGUGGAUGGCCUUGUUUUAUCUCAAUCUAUAAUCAAAUCAGUCGGUGGACCAACACGAAUAGAAAAAGCUAAAAUAGCUCUAAUACAAUUUCAAUUGUCUCCCCCAAAGCCUGAUUUAGAAAAUCAAAUUACUGUUAAUGAUUAUCGUCAAAUGGAUAAAAUUUUAAAAGAAGAGCGACAAUAUUUACUUAAUAUUUGUAAAAAAAUUAAAAAAACAGGAUGCAAUGUGCUCCUAAUACAAAAAUCUAUUUUAAGAGAUGCAGUUAAUGACCUUUCUCUUCAUUUCCUAUCCAAACUAAAAAUUCUUGUUAUUAAAGAUAUUGAACGGGAUGAAAUUGAAUUUAUUUCCAAAAGUAUUGGUUGUAAACCUGUCGCUGAUGUUGACUCUUUAACUGAAGAUAAACUUGGAAACGCAGAUCUUGUAGAAGAAGUUCAAUCAUCUGGAGCGUAUAUUUCAAAAAUUAUGGGAGUAAAAAGUACCGCAAAAACUGUUUCUAUAUUAUGUCGUGGUGCAAAUCAACUUGUUUUAGAUGAAGCAGAACGUUCUCUCCAUGAUGCUCUUUGUGUUAUUCGCUGCUUGGUUAAAAGAAGAGCGCUUAUUGCUGGAGGAGGUGCACCCGAAAUUGAAGCAUCGCAACAUUUGAUGAAGCUUUCUAGAACCUUGAGUGGAACUGAAGCCUUUUGUUUUCAGGCUUUUGCAGAGGCUUUAGAAGUUAUUCCUGUUACACUUGCAGAAAAUGCAGGAUUAGAUAGUAUUAAAAUAAUCACGGAGUUAAGAAAUAGACACGAGAAAGGUGAAACAACUGCUGGAAUUAAUGUUCGAAAGGGAAUGGUUACAAACAUUCUUGAAGAAAAUAUUUUUCAGCCUUUAUUGGUAAAUACGUGCGCUUUAGAAUUGUCUGCCGAGACAUGUAAAAUGAUAUUAAAGGUUGACGACAUAGCUUUUAGUCGUUAA